AUGAGUGGGUUUAGAGGUAACGGCUAUGGUUAUGGAUAUAACUAUAGAGACCCAUACUACUCCAGAGGACGUGGAAGAGGUGGAUCGUACGCAUACAAGCGGUCUUACAACGAUGACGGUGUGCCAUACGAAUCGAACACAUAUCCUGAGCCAACCAGCGAAGAUUAUCGGGGAAACUAUCCCCGUCGAGGGGGGCCCUAUAGGGGACCGCACAGACCCCGGGGACGCGGUAGAGGAAGCUAUCACGGCGGAUACAACGACAAUCAUCACGACCAGCAAUAUGACCAUUAUGAGGAACGCGAUGGCGAGUCUCGGCCCAGAAGCGGUGUGUCGCAUUCCAUGAAUGGAUCAGGGUCGUCCAGAGAUAACAGCGAACUUGCACAUUCGAAGCCAAGCUCGCGAAACGGGGGUAGAAGCGAACACGAUCGAAGACAGCAGGACUCUGUCGGUACAGAAACAGAGCCUACAAACUCGAACGAAAACCACUGGGUGAUACGGCUCAGAGUUUCGGGCGGGACCAAGGCAUCACUGAGCAAAUCUUUUGACGAACUGGACAAAAUCAAUAAGGUGCUAGCGGAGUCGGCUAUAAAACGCCUUCAUUUAGAGAUGGAUGUGGAAAGGUACUCCAGAGCGGGCAGAAGCGAGGACGUGCGGUGUAGACUAGCAGAAGAGAAGUUGGAGGCGCUCAACUUCAUCUAA